UGCAUGGUUGUUUAUUUGGCUCCCUCCCCCCCUCCGACGAAGAAAAUAGUCAGGCAACACCUGUUUUCUCAGAAAGGUAUUGUAGGUGUGUCAUCAAAAUGCAAAGACAGUCUAGAGAGCUGUUAAAAUUGAAAGUAUCAUCCGAGUUUAGGCCGCGACAAAAUGAAGUAUCCCGAGGUAACAGCGCUUCUCUCGGUUCUGGCCGUGGUGUUUUUACGCGGUGCGCAUGGAUGGGAUGCGCCGCCGUUUUGCCAUAACUAUGAUUGUCCUGAGUUCACGGUCGUUAAUAAAUAUGAGGUAAGUGAAUAUAGAGAUCUAUGACACAUUUUAUAACUGGUGUAAGAAGCUUGAGAUGUAAUGGUUAAAUAGCCUAACGUUGUUUUUAUUUCAACAGGACUUUGAGGAACGUGCGUACCAAGUGAGCCGCUGGAUAACCGUCGACAGUCUGAGUGUCUCUGACCACGACGUGAAGGCUGGAUUCACGAAGCUGUGGGACUACACCCAGUGGGACAAUCAAGCAGGUGGAUGUCUCAAUAUUGCUUCAACUGCAAUAAUGACCUUAUUGAUUAAUUGCAAGUUAUAGCAUGCAGUAUUAUGUUUUACUGAAAUGUACUUCAAGGAAAUGUAAUUUACAUGAAAGACCUUUUCAAUACUACUGUAGCCUACAAGUGUCCAAUACCAAUUAAAUGUUAAUUCCCCUAUUUAGGGGACUUUCGUUAUAAUUAAAUUGUUUUAUCAAGGCAUAUCAAGGUAAUUCACUUAUAAAUCAAUUUAUUUCAGUCCAAAUAGCUUCGCGACAGUUCUGGCUGACAUCCCCGCAUCCCUGCUUCAAUUCAGUUGGCCUCGAUUGACUCUGGGGUAUAUAGUCUCUGCCGAGUCCCCAACAACCGGAUGCUCCGGUUUUCAGGGGAAUUGGAAAGAGAGCCUGUGACACGACUUCUGCUUUUGGACAUUAACAAGGCGACACACCAUCUUAAUUCCUCCUCUACAUUAACUGGAUUGGUUUGAAAAGUGCAGAGGAGAACCUCCCCCGAAAGUUUUUUUAAUUCUCGGCAAGACCAGUAUGUAGGGUAGGGGCGUAGUUUCAGGCGUUUCUUUUACGACUGCUGCGUUAGGUUAGCGGUAUCGGGUUACAUAUCCACAGCCAUUGGAGGCUCGGGAGUCCCGCCUUAACGCUAAUUCGCUGAUCGGACUGUCCGACAAUUUGUACAUCUCAGGCGUACAUCUCAGGCACACAAGCAGCAUAGCGCUGCAAUGCUGAGAGUCUACUGCUGCGAUAGUUAAUAUUCUCAUUGUUCUAUGACAAACACAAAUCGAUUUGUAUCGAAUUUAAAUAAAAUGUAACACAAUGUGAAGAUGUGACACAAAACCACUUUGUUUUCACCACAGAGGGACACACUUUAUAUUAUAUGAAAGCUGAGAUUGUGACAAAUCAGUUGAUUUGCUAGCCAACUCUGUGGUACGUUCACAGGGGGAGAGACAACAAUGAAUGAGAGCAGUCCACCAGGAAAUGAGUAGGAUUUUCCCUGAUCUCUAGUUAUCUAAAAAUGAUUACGGUAAUAAGGCAGCUGAAAUCUUAUAGCAUGUCAAUUGUAAAGUUUAGUAUAUUAUGUAGAUUAAGCCCUAUUCCAUCAUUUUUCAUGAAUAGAUUGUUCAUAGCAUAUGACAUUUGAAAAUAAAAUCUACAAUGUACUAUUUUUCAUUCUAUUUACUAUAGCAGUGCACACUAGUGGAAAAGGUGCAUACAAAUCAUAGAUAAAUAAUAAAUACCCCAAAAAGCAAGAAAUCUGAGCUUUCUAACUGUACAUGGCAUUACUAGGUACUGUAUAUGGCCCUCUCAUGAAGAUAUGUUUAAUAUGGCAAUCCACUUAACAUUAACAUUCAACAUUAAAGAGAAAAAUACCUAUUAUUACAUGGUAGCCUAGUAACAUAGGCAAGUGCAGUGUAAUUACAGUAGCCUACACAACUGGAAGCCUACCUGUUGGAAUGCACAAUUUAAAGAUUUUAUAUAUUAACUUAAAAUCUUUAAAUUAACCUAAAGUAUGAAUCAUUUGAAUGAAUAUCAUAUUUCAAAGAACCCUUUUUAUUUGCUCUUUGGUUGUAAAAUAUAAAAUGUAUGUUGUGUUUUUUAUCAUUCCUUCUCAGGUGAACAUGUCAAUACUCAUACCUGGCCUGCACUCAUUUCUACGACUGAGGUAGAGGAUGGUGGAGAGAAGCAUGUAUCUCUCUCUUUCUAUGUGGCUGCAGAAGAUACAGUCCUCCCCACUCCCAAUGAUGCCUCAAUCAGGGACGAGACUAUGGCUGCUGGCACCAUAUAUGUCAGGUGAGGAACCACCGUUGCCAUCUUGUUUCUUACUAGGAGCCAAAUCCUGCUGUAGAGGUUUUUUAAGUCUAUGUCUCUGUUUUUUAACUCUCUUUCUCUCUCUCUCAGGACUUUCAGUGGUUUUCCGUCAGACUACAACUUCCAGGAAAACUUGAAGACGCUACGUGAUGCCCUGACACAGGCUGGGAAAGCCUUUGACUCCCACCAGUACAUCGCGGCAGGGUAUGAAGGUCCGUGGACUCUGAUUGGCCGACACAAUGAGGUCUGGAUCCAUGCUGCCUGAGGAAGGCAGAUGAAACUAAUAAACACAGAGAUUUAAAAUUCCAAACAAAUGUUCAAUGGUGGGUACACUUGCCCAUGCUUAUAGAGCGUGCCAUUUGGAAUGUUCAAUUAGGACGCUAUGAAAGUUGAUAUGUCAACGACAAAAAUGUAAUUGAUUUUAAGCCUUAAACUACAUUAUUUGCAACCUCAGAAUUCUGUAGCUACUUUUAUCUUAGUGUUUUAGCCAUGCAACCAUGGCAUUUCUAUUUGGGUUGAGGGACUAAUAGUAUAAAUGUGAAGCCAUUACUGUGUCCGUUAGAAAAACAUACUAGUUUCCUCACUUUAGAUGUGUGGAUUUCCAUAGUCUUUACUAGCUAAAUAUACUCCUACUAGUGGAUAUGUAUGAACUGUUAGUUAAGAACAUUUUGGGCACCCGUUCUGUUAAAAUGAUAAUAGUUAAACCAUCUAACUGUCGCAAGUAUUGUAAUCCACAAACACAAGUUGCACUUUUUUCAACAAACUAUCUGUAGCAUUAUAUCAGCAGUCUUGAUUUGCACUAUACAUGAUUUGUUCUUUAAAUGACUUGGUCUUUCUACUGCCACUUAUAUGCCUAUUCUCUCUUGUAAAAUAUAUUUUGCAAUCUCAAUGGCCUGCUCCUGGGUAAAUAAAGUUCAGAUGAGAAUGUGAACGACAACAACAUGCUAUAUAAGGAAGUCAAGUUAGUCCACAGUGUCAGGUUGGUCCUCUGCCAGAGUGAUUAGAAGGUGAAUGGUUUUAGGAAUGCUGUGCAGCAAGCAACCUCAAAAGUACCUAGUCACAUUCUCAUAAUAUCAUUCUCAAUUUCCACAAGACGUCAUCACAGUAAAGACACAUGAGAAGCUUACAUAUUAUAUAAUCUCAGAGUAAUGAUACUUACAGAUAGAUGUACUUUUGUACCUGCAAAUUACUUUACAUAUAUUAAUGUAAAUCAAUAAAAAUAUAAAUGUACUCAGCUUUGCUUUAAGAAUCUUUUGUUGACAAGGAACAAGGAAGUGGUUGGAUUCAUGUAAAUCAUGUCAAUGUUGUGCUGUUUUUCAUUUUUCACCCAAAAUAUUGACAUUUACCCUGAAGUACCCCACCAUACCGGAUCAACCACUUCUGUUCUGACCAUCCAACCCCACCCUCAAAAUAGCCUAGGUGAAUAAUGUGAUUUUUCUUAUGCAUUCAAGUAAAAUGUUAUUUUAAUGUGUUAUGUUUAUGUUUUAUAUUUUGACAUUCCUUUUAGAUUGUGCUAAACAUGUUUACUGAGCCUUUUCAAUGUUAUUGACUGUCUUGUACUAAGAGCUGAAUACUAACUUCAGAUUCACACUGCCAUGUACAAACCUAAUCUCCCUUUCACUGAAACUGCACAUCAUCUGCAUAUUAAAUGAGUUUGUA